UGUGUUUCUGAUGGCAGGUGUCUGCAUAAACCCCAAGCCUGGACUGCUUCGAGUUUUCUCUCAGUACCGAACGGCGCAGUCCUUUCUUUCUGUCCCAUAACUCCUCAUCUUAUUCGUGGGUUUCGAAGUUCGUCAUAUUUAUCAGAAGGGCUUAUUGUAUAUUUUGAAUUUUCCGUGACACCUGAGGAAAAUUUUCAUUAUAAGAAGCAAUUUGAGUUUAGUGAAAAUGUACAAUUUUAGAAGAUCAGCAAUAUCAUCGCUUCGGAGAACAUGCUUUUUGGCUCGUUUUUCAUCACCAUCUAACACGAAAUCCGCAGCGGAAUAUCUGGAAAAUAGGGAUGCAUUUGGAGCAAAUGGAAUCUCUCUUCUGGUUAGAGGGCUAUGUACUGGAGGGUAUAUGGUUGAUCUUCAUUCUCCAUACAAACUAAUGGAUAACCAUGUAGCAAAUACAGGAGCUCGUUUUUCAGCUAGGUCCUUUGCAUCAAAACCCUCAAAGCAAACAUCGGAAACAUCGUCUGAGCCCAAAAAAGACAUCUCCACCAUUGAGGAUCCUUUUGAUGCUCCUACAUACAAUAUCCCAGAGAAGCCUGUAACAUUUACUGAGGGAGCCUCCUACAGUGUUAUAAUUCUUGCUGGGCUUGGGAUUGCUGCUGCUGCCGCAUAUGCUGUGUUCAAGGAACUCAUAUUUGAACCAAAAGAGUAUAAAAUUUUUAACAAGGCUCUGAAAAGAAUUCAAGACGAUGGUCAGGUCAGAGUGAGGAUUGGAUCCCCUAUUACUGGCUAUGGUCAGGAAAGUAGAAAUCGUGCUGCCCGACAACGUAUACCCAAUAGGAUAUAUACUGACGAAUUUGGCAUAGAGCAUGUUGAGGUUAAUUUCUACAUCCGUGGACCUCAUGGAGCUGGCAAGGUUUUUACUGAGAUGUUCAAAGAUCAAGAGGACAAGCAGUGGAAAUUCACGUACUUGAUUGUUGAGAUCAAUUCACCUUACAAAGCACAAUUGAUGCUAGAGUCUUACAUGCCAGCACCAGCAUCAGGGCCUGCCUAAAAGAAGUAAACGAGGGGCUUAAUCAGCAGAAUUUGAGACAUUGUGGAUGCCACAGGCUCGAAGAAAGGUGACAAAGAUGGUGGCGGGGCAUGAGAAGCCAAUUGCUGGCGUGGCCUCUUGAGAGAGGAUGUAACACAGUCAGUACGGAGCCCAUUAACUUCAUUCCUUUCAUCUAGGUUUCAAUUUGGUUCAGAUAAAGUUUGAACAAAAUUUAAUGUAUAAUUGAGUUGAAUAUAAAAGAAUAAAUUUGAAAUUAAUUUAAAAUCGAUAAAUUCAAAUUCAAA